AAACCUCCACAAAGCAAUUAAAAGGAAGUUUAUAACCACUGCUUGAGCAUAUUAACGCGUAGCCUUCCUUUAAGAGUUGCUCACUGUUCAUCACUGAAGCCUCAGGAUGUUUAAGCUAACGCUACUGUUCCUGACACUGUCAGGCCUACAAGCUGUUCCAAUCGCAGCCCCAAGGCAGAAGCCAUCUACCAACCACAAACAUAUUCCUGAACACAUCCCUAAAGUGCCCGCCAAUGUACCAGCCCAAAAGAAUGGCGGCGGUUGGGUUCGUGUGGAAGAAUCACUGUCUUCUCACCCACUCCCCGAUGGUUUUAGACAGGGAACCGAGCGCUUCUUGCCUAUCCCAGAUGGUUUUAGACAGGGAACCGAACGCUCCAUGGCCAUCCCAGAUGGUUUCAAACAAGGAACGGAACCCUUCAUCUCUAUCCGGGAUGGUUUCAAACAAGGAACCGAACCCUUCGUCUCUAUCCGCGAUGGUUUCAAACAGGGAACCGAACCCUUCGUCUCCAUCGAACACGGUUUCAGACAAGGAACUGAACCCUUCAUGUUUGUCCAGCAUGGUCCCAGACAAGAAGCUGAACCCACCAACAAGAGAGCGGCAUGCAAGGGAAAGGUCAUUGAUGGAAAGUGCUUUGAGUCAAACCCCUUACCCAUGAACUAUGAAGAGAAGGUUAACCAACAACAAGCCAAACACUUGAACAAACGCGAUGUUGCUCCAGAUCAUUCCCACCAAGGGUCUGUCCCAGAUGGUUUCAAGCAGAACACCGAACCCCGAAUCACCAUCAGGGAUGGGUUCAGACAGGGAACCGAACGGUUCAUGCCAAUCAAAGAUGAUUUCAGACAGGGAACUGAACCCCACAUCACGAUCAGAGACGGGUUCAAACAGGGAACUGAACCCCACAUCAUGAUCAGAGACGGGUUCAAACAGGGAACGGAACCUCGUAUUACGAUCAGAGACGGGUUCCGACAAGGAACUGAGCGGUUCUUGCCUAUCCACGAUGAUUUCCAACAGGGAACAGAAUCCUUCAAAUCUUUCCAAUACGUUUUUAGACAGGGAACUGAACCUGACAGAAAAAACAUGAUGUGUAAAGGGGGCGCCAUUCGUGGAAUCUGCUAUGUGUUCAACCCAACGUCGUUGACCUUCUACGAUGCACAGAAUGUCUGCAAAGAUCUUGCUCCAAAUGCUAAACUAGCAUCUGUAAACAGCAGCUAUCUGCACAAACACCUAGUUUCCCUGGUAACAAAGGGUGGCAAGAAUAAACCCGUGGCCACCUGGUUGGGAGGCACCAUCAAGAACCAAAAGGCAUCAUGGGAGGAUGGAUCUGAAUGGAAGUACAGCAGAUGGAUGCCGGGUUAUCCCAACAUUCAUACUGACAAACCUCUCUGUGUGGAGAUGUUCGAGAAAGGUGCGAGCUCGUGGACUACAGCCGACUGCCACCAGAUGAGGGCGUCCAUCUGCUCCUACCCCAUGACUGCAUGAGAGCCACAAACAGACAGGACAUGAGCUCAGCUCUAAAUCAAUCUGCAUUUCCUGAAAUUAAAACUGGGCAUAAUACAUA